UAUGUACAUGUAAACAAACAUUAUGCAAUCCGUACUACAUAAGUGCAUCAAUAGUUACACAAUAAUAAAAAUGUGGAAAUGGAAGAUUUGGUGAAGCAGAGAUAGAAAGAUACUGUAAAUAGAACUCUACGUGGAGAAUUUUGAAAGUGUCUUCAUUUAACCUAAUACAUAAACAACACAUCUUUCAAAUAAACUGCCGAAGGUACUGUAUGACAGCGAAGCAUGUAUCUAGACUUUCUCACCUACAUUGGAGGAAGGCAGUUGAGAGUACCAAAGAUAUGAAACAGAAUAACUGAGCUUUAUUAUGUGAAAUUUCAAGGUGGAGCUUGAAAUGAUAUGUUGGACACCAAUGAAAACUGCUGUUUUGUGCUCGGUUAUGCUGAACCAAAGAUGUGUGAUAAUCAACAGGAGACAAUUAUGGAAUCCUUAUUUUCUUCCCAGAAGAUUAAUAAGUGAAGAAAAAAAGAGAAAAAUCUUAGAAGAACGAAAGAAGAUGAGGGAAGAAUUCCAGGUAAAAGAAGCACAGUGGGAGAGCCUGGUGGACAGAAGCCUAUUGUUAGAUAAAGAUGUGAAGAUUUACGAGGAACAUAAAGCUGCAGUUGUUCGAGGCCAUUUUACAUAUGACGACCCUUUCACGGGAUACAGAGUCAUGACAAGACUACGUCAUUUCUUAAGAGGCUCAUGCUGUGGUAAUGCCUGUAGACAUUGCAUAUAUGAACAUGAAAAUGUAGCAGACAUAGACAAAGCACGAAGAAUCUACAAUUCUGCAUUUUGGGUGGAUAUAAGUGAAAGGCCUGAUUUAGUGAAGAGGAACAAGGAUUAUGCAAAAUCAUCUCUGAACAUGACAGACCGCAGGAAGGAAUUUGGUCGAGGAAAGGAAGAUGAAUUAUUAGAGGAAAGUUGUGAUCCAUUAUUAUUUAAACAUUAAACCUUUUUAACAAUUAUGAAGGGCAAGAAAACUGUAAUUAUAUAGAUUCAUUUACUAGAAAAACCUUAUAAUGAGUACAUAAUUAUUUUUAGUUAGACACAAAGAAGCAUGUGUUGUAACUUUUAACAUGAUAUUUAGCAGUGAAGUACUGAACUUGCCUUGUAUUUUAGAUACAACAGAAAAUCUUUUGUUUUUAUAUGAGAAAAAGAAUUGCAGUACAACUAAAUUUCUAAUAUAACAAUUUCAAAAUUGGUCUGUAAUAUGUAGGAAAACCAUAGUUUCAAUUACCAACAGGUCCAUUUUUUCUCAGGUUCAUUAACAUCUCAGCUUUCAAAUGAAAAUUUAUAUAUAUAGGUUUUGUUAAUGAUAUUUUGAAAAUGUAUGUACAUUUAUAGAAGUUGAAGAAUAAAUAUGAUUAAAUUUU